AUGAUGAACAUUUUUACAAUACCUCAUAAGGACAUUGCUCCAAACGAUGUCUGGAAUUUAUAUUUUCAAGGAGAGUGCUCUAAAAUUAUUAAUAAUACAAACAAUGCAACUGUUUCUCUUUCAAAUAAGAAUGAAGUAUUCCUAUUCCAAUGCAUGUUUCGAAAUUGCUUAGCAUCUAUUAUUAAUUUAACUAAAGAUUACGCUCAUAUAAUGCAUUCUGAAUGUUUCUUUGAAAGUUGCAGUUCUGAUAUAGGACCUGCUGUACGCAUUAACCAUAAUGAUUGUUCUAUUGUCCAACAUAGAUUUUGUUCUCAUAAUUGUUCUGCUUCUUCUGAAGCUCAUCAUUCAUUUUGCAGUUUGAGAUCUGAAGGGUUAAAUUUUGUAGAUGAAAGCUCUGCAUGCGGAUGCGGUAAUUCACGGAGUCCAAUCCUUUUCUGGAAUAAUUUAGGAUUUAUGAGAUUUUCUUCUACAAAUAUAAGUAAAAAUAUUGGAUCACAAGAUGUUGCACUAUUUGCUGUUUCUAAAAAAUUCGAAAAGCUGAAUUAUACAACUAUUGAAAGUAAUAAUGCCUCAGACACAAAGAUUAUUUGUUUAAGUAAUGGGCAAAAGUAUCAAAAUGAAAAUUGUAAUAUUUUGAAAAAUUAUCAGGAAAGUUCUUCUGGUGGAGUUAUAUUUAUAUUUGGUCAAUUGACAUUAAAUAAUUGUUCAAUAUUUGGAGAUCUUGGACAAGGAAAAAUAUUUUACUGUGAUGAUUUUGCAUACGUCGUUAUUAAUAAUUCAUUCUAUGAUAAUUUAACAUCAUUCUGGAAUCACCCAAUAAAUAUUGCUGAAAAUAACUUGCAAACAUCUAAUUAUAGCGAUUUCAAUUAUAAUUAUGGAUAUCUUUGUGAUUUAUAUUCAAAUAAGUUCAAUCCUAAUCAGAAAGACAACAAUAUCAAGUGUUCAAUGAUAGGAUGCUCCAGUAGAACUGACUUUAUUGGUAAAUUAUUUGUUGUAUUGAUAAUUAAACGUUAA